AUGCACCGCCGGUCUCCCUGGAGCGGCCGUCUCCGUAGUCGCUCCGCUGGUGCCUCGCCGCUGCACUCUCGUCGUCUCCCUCUCUCCCCACAGCAGCUGCGUGAGUGGUACGUUAGCCGUCAGGGUCGCGCUGCUGGAGCUGGAGGUUCUGGAGCUGCUGCGGGUGCUGGCGCUGGAGGUUCUGGAGCUGUUGGUGGUGCUGGCGCUGGUGGCGCUGGCGCUGGAGGUUCUGGAGCUGCUGCGGGUGCUGGCGCUGGAGGUUCUGGAGCUGUUGGAGGUGCUGGCGCUGUCGAAACUUAG